AUGGACCCUGACAGUGUGGCACAGUCUACAGUGUGUCAUGGUGUCAGAAAGGACCCUGACAGUGUGGCACAUUCUACAGAGUGUCAUGGUCUCAGAAAGGACCCUGACAAUGUGGCACAUUCUACAGUGUGUCAUGGUCUCAGAAUGGUCCCUGACAGUGUGGCACAGUCUACAGUGUGUCAUGGUGUCAGAAAGGACCCUGACAGUGUGGCACAUUCUACAGUAUGUCAUGGUCUCAGAAAGGACCCUGACAGCGUGCCACAUUGUACAGUGUGUCAUGGCCUCAGAAUGGACCCUGACAGUGUUGCACAGUCUUCAGUGUGGCAUGGUCUCAGAAAGGACCCUGACAGUGUGGGACAUUCUACAGUGUGUCAUUGUCUCAGAAAGGACCCUGACAGUGUGGCACAUUGCAUAGUGUGUCAUGGUCUCAGAAAGGACCCUGCCAGUGUGGCACAUUCUACAGUGUGUCAUGGGCUCAGAAAGGACCCUGACAGUGUGGCACAUUCUACAGUAUGUCAUGGUCUCAGAAAGGACCCUGACAGUGUGGGACAUUCUACAGUGUGUCAUUGUCUCAGAAAGGACCCUGACAGCGUGCCACAUUGUACAGUGUGUCAUGGUCUCAGAAAGGACCCAGACAGUGUGGCACAUUGCAUAGUAUGUGUGUCAUGGUCUCAGAAAGGCCCCUGA